UACUAUUACGGUAGAUAAACCUCGUCUUAACAUCCCCUUUUGACAAAUCCAAUAUAUUUGUCAUUUAUAUUGUUUUAUACAUACAAACAUGGAACGGGAAGCCAGUACAUCCCCCUUACCGGGCAUGGGGAUCAACAGACAAGUCAGGGCCGAUGUGCCAGCAACCAAUGCAUGCUUCGAUACAGCUGUACCCCCUCCGGCCAAAAGACACACAUCUGUGCCACACAUUUCAUCACAAUCAUCGCUGCCACACGCACAUUCGCACCACAACUCGCUGCCCUCGAUGCAUAGAGGGUCACACAGUAGUAUCCACGGCGUUAGUAAACAAGCCGGAGGGAGUGGACAUGAAGGUAAAGCAGCCAAUGUGCAUAAGGAUGGAGGUGUUGGACAUGGAGCUCGAGUAUCAGGUGCACAUAGGGCUGGAAUAUCUGAUUCCCAAUCCCAGACCAGACCGCCUGCGAUAGCACUCAGCGCAGGAGACGCACACCAGGCCCCGGGAAAAAGUGGUGUUCAAAAGGGUCCAAUGGAGGCAAAGACUUCUGGAGGCGAUGAUAUGGACACAGAAGUUCCUCUCACUACGGUUAGUGUGCCGAAUGUGCCUUUGGUAGAAGCCAGCGCUGCGCAGGCGGUAGCAAAUACAUCUACACCAGAGCCAAUGCAAGUAGGUACUUUAGAUGCUUCUGGUACGUCUCUGGGAGUUAUGGGGGGUUCAACAGAUACAUUGGAGUUGGAAUCAGGUGCAAGUGUAGGCAGUCAUCCGAGGAUAGUAGCACCGUCGCCUAUACCUGCAACACCCAGGAGCACAUCAAAUGCACUCUCGACUAUGACUAUUCAGCAAAGCAACAGUCCGAGUCCCAUAGGCCUUAUGGAUGUGUUCACACGUCCACACCUGUCUACUGAAUGGGAGACUAUUCCGGAUAGGGUGAAAAGCCCGCCCGCCGUAGAGAUAACCCCGUCGCCGUAUGUCAGGGGCACGGAGACAGUACAACCACCCACUUCGGUAGAGAAAAAGGAUAUGAGUGCUGACUCGCUGGGGUCGCCUUCAUCGGCGAGUGCUUUAAAUAACCGCAAGCGGUCACUGUCGGUGGCUAUAGCCGAGCCGCCGAUUGACUCGCCCACCCCUACGCAGAAGAUGAAGAUUGAUAUGCAAAUGGUUGAUUCUGUGGGUUCUCCAGAGAGCUCGCCCGCUGCUGUUGAACAAGAACCUCUCGGCUUGGCGCCCAGAAGCACGCAUUCUACCAAUGGUGACGUCCAUGUUGACUUACAGACCGGAGAACCAGCCACAACAGCACCUCCUGAAAAUAUUUUCGAGUUAAGCGAAUCGAAUAUCAAUAGCAUGUUAGUUGCAAACGAGGGUUUAAACACCACGGAUGGAGUUGCCAACUCCAGCAACGGUGGUAGCCACCAGGCGCAGAACAAAGCAGGAGACGAGGACGAGAGCGACAGCGACGAUAGUAACUAUAGCGCGAAUUCGGAUUCUUCGGUCGAUUCUGAGACAGCCCGGAUAUUCGAGAACGGGCCUAUGGCGUGGCUGAACAAGCAACGAGCCCACGGAGCUACCGCUAUCGAGGUGCUGGACAAACUAACUGUCACACUGACUGAAGAUAUGACAAAUUGGGAUGAAGAAACUCUGUGGAAAUAUGCACUUUACGAAGUGAAAUGCUUGUUCAGGAUGUUCUCGGAGAAUAUCAGUGCACAAACCUCGUUUGUACGAGAAGACCAGCCGGUGUCCAAGUUGGCCACGCUCGACCUCUCCGGAAUCGCACGGUAUAUCAAAUCGGGACAGUGUAGGAAUAUCAUCAUGGUGACUGGUGCUGGCAUCUCUACUGCGGCCGGCAUCCCUGAUUUCAGAAGUCCUGGAACUGGUCUAUACCACAACUUACAGAAGUACAAACUGCCUUACCCUCAGGCAAUAUUCGAAAUUGAUUUUUUCAAGAGAAACCCCGUGCCCUUUGUAGUGCUUGCGAAGGAGCUGUACCCAGGGUCGUUCUUGCCCACUUUAUCCCACUACUUUUCCAAGAUGCUUGCUGACCGCGGCUACCUGAAGCGACACUACACACAAAACAUUGAUACCCUCGAGCGGGUGGCAGGACUAGAUCCUGACCUGUUGGUAGAGGCACAUGGCUCAUUCAAUACAGCGAGAUGCAUAGAGUGCCAUAAAACCUAUCCGUCGGAUUAUGUAAAAGAUUUAAUAUUCGCCGGACAUAUACCUACUUGUGAAGACUGCGAGGCUUGGAUAAAGCCGGAUAUUGUGUUCUUCGGUGAGGGAUUACCAGAGCGCUUCGGUCAAUGCGUGUCAGAGGAUUUCCCAGUGUGUGAUCUGCUGAUUGUUGCCGGCACGUCUCUGAAAGUCCAACCUUUCGCGUCGGUCAUUGACAUGGUCCAAGACGACUGUCCGAGACUCAUGCUCAACAAGGAAACGUGUGGAAAGUCACACCCGAUGAUGCGUAUGAUGGGCAUCCGCAGUGGCUUUGACUUCGAGUCCAGUGAGAACAUAAGGGAUGUCUUGAAGCUGUGCUCCUGUGAUGAUGGGAUUUUAGAAUUAGCCGACCUUCUGGGCUGGAAGGAUGAAUUGGUCGAGAUGGUGGCUCGAGAGCAGCAAGCCCUCAGGAGGCGAUGGGAAAUCGAAGCCACCAAUAAAUCACCGCGCGGAGACGGUUUCUACGAGAAACACGUGUCUGUGGAUUACUAUAGAGAAGAGGUACUGCCCAGACUACCACCACUUAAAACCUCGCGCUUGAGCUCAGAAUCAUCGUCCGUCAACAAUGGGAGUGACGACGAUGAACCUGGUGUUGCGACAACGGGCGUGGACAGCGCAGAUGUUAUCAGUCAAUCAUGUGAGAAGGAUGGGGUGGUUGGAGACGGUGUUGGUGGUGGCAGCAAUGGGGUCAACGGCGAUGGUUUGAGUGUGGGUCAGAAUGCGCAGCUUUCUACGGGAGGUGCUUUUGCGGAUGAUAGCUUAAUCGGUUCCAAACCGGAGAGUAUUGCACCUGGUAAUGUAAUGGUGGGAAUGAAUGCGUCGGAUCCCGCAAGUAUCACGGUCGAACCCUUUCAGGAUUUAUUAGGAGGUAAUUCAGAGUUAACCGCUGUUAGUCCAGGUUUAAAUGCGAAUCCAGAUUUAACCGCGGCUCCAGGGCAUACCCAGGCAGGUCUUCAGGGUGCGGCUGCUGAUAGCAUAGAUGUAAGGAUAGCGGACCCUAGUUCAAAUGUAUCUCUAGACUUAGAGGGUAUCCAGGAUGACGUUACAGGUUCUUGGCUUGGGGUCACGGCGCCGUUUUCUGAUACAUCUUUGGACUCUGUGCUUGCUGGGACAGAUAUCCCGCUAUUGCCAGACGUCCUAGUUGACGGUAGCAGCGAUCCUCAAGUGAAUCAGUUAUACCCAAUACCACCGACGCAUGAUAUAGAAUCUCUUUAUAACGUUGGUCCUGGGAACAUUCCGCCUGCGUUCAACCCUGAUAUUGUGUUGGGUACUGGGCUCCCUGCAGCACCUGUGAGUGCAACCCCCGGCGUACAAACCUCCUUGGGAAGUACGAGCUUAUCAACCCCUUCGACUACCGUUAUGGAGACUUCAUCGAAUACCGGUAUGUCCAGCAUGGUACCUGCAGCCCUGCCUGCAGGACAAGAACAAGCGAUUAUAGACACCGGUGGUGAACAGCCUGAUCUGGGCGGUGCGGCACCGCAUAGUAAGCCUUCUGUGGGGGCAAAUACUGAGCAAAUUAUGAAUAAUGUUAGUUAGAAACAACUUCAAAUAAUGACAGACAGGGAGUUAUGGAUCUCGAUGGCGACCAUACCCUGCCGGGUGAUGCGGAGGCUAAACACGCCAAAUAGCAGAAACCCCAGCAGAAGCGCAUUAAGAUGGUCUAGUGCCGGGCCUAUUUACUUGAAAUAAAUAAAAUUAGUAUUCAAC